CCCUUUUCUCUCCCCAAUACGUCUUAAGAAGGUAGAAAAGAAAAGUCCUCACGCUUUCAUCAAGUGAGGCACAUUUUGGAAGUGGUCAACAAGUUAGGGAAACAUUGUUUCCACAACAUUUCCGAGAACUCUAAAUCAAGAAAUCAAGACUAAGAAGAGAGGCAUGCGUGCUUAAUUUCAUUGACAUUUUGGAUCUAUUAGGAACAAAUGAUUUCCUUAAAACUUCCCCCUCAUAGCUAGCUUCAUCUCAUUAUUCUUUCUUCUACAUGUCUUUGUAUUUGUGUCUCUGGGGUCUAAUCAACUAUUUGAAGGGGGUAGUAGUGAUGAUGCCUCUUGGUGAAAUGGCUGUAAUGGGAAAAACCAUGAUGGUUUUAACAUUAACAGGCAGGGUUUUACAUGAUGCUGUGAGCUUCAUUGUCUUCUCUUUUCUAGACAUCCUUGAUCUCGUUCUUUGCUUUGCAUUCAAAGCUGCGGAUUUCAUCAUUGAAGCUGAAUGGAAACCUUGUUAUUGUGCCUCAGCUAAGGAAGCCAUAACUAGUGGUGGCAAGAUCUUGGUCUCUGAACAAGGUGAGUCCAAAAUUGUUUGCCUUACUUCUACCAAGUUAAGGUUAGAAGAGAUCUCGGACACUCUUUACACUCGUACUUCAUUAGUGUCUGAGAUUUCAAAAUCAACGGUUAAUGAGCUCAAGCGAAUCAAGGUGGAGGGUAAGUCCAGUACUGUCACUGUACAGACAUCCGAGAAGAUCAAGAAAGGAACUCUGAGAUCCACAUUAACUGUCAACUCUACCAUUGUUGAAAUGCUUCAAGGGAAGAUUGGAGGCCAGCACUUACAUCCCAUUUCAAGAUGGUCUGACUGCGAUUGCAAAUUUUGCACUUCGUGGACCUCUUCUAGCAAAGAAACCCUCUUCGUUAGGGCUGAAGGACCUAAAGAUAAGGGAAAAGGAGAUGUCCUCUUCAUUCAUGGAUUCAUUUCAUCUUCAGCAUUUUGGACAGAGACGUUAUUUCCAAACUUCUCACAUGCAGCUAAAUCAACCUACCGAUUAUUUGCCAUCGAUCUAUUAGGGUUUGGGAGGAGCCCUAAGCCAGCUGACUCCCUUUACACAUUAAGAGAGCAUUUGGACAUGAUUGAACAAUCCGUUCUUGAACCAUACGAAGUCAAAUCCUUCCACAUUGUUGCUCAUUCUUUAGGCUGUAUUUUGGCCCUAGCACUUGCCGUGAAACACCCCGGCUCGGUCAUGUCCUUGACCCUCCUUGCACCUCCAUAUUACAAAGUACCAAAAGGUGUCCUAGCAACACAGCAUGUGAUGAGACAAGUAGCUCCAAGGCGUGUUUGGCCACUGAUCACAUUUGGUGCAUCGAUAGCGUGCUGGUAUGAGCACAUCAGCAGGGCAAUUUGCCUUGUCAUAUGCAAAAAUCAUCGGUUGUGGGAGUUCCUUACCAAACUCGUCACAAGAAACAGGAUUAAGACAUUCUUAAUUGAAGGGUUCUGUUGCCACACCCACAAUGCUGCAUGGCACACCCUACACAACAUCAUUUGUGGCACCGGCAGCAAGCUCGAAGGGUACUUGGAUUCAGUCCGUGACCACCUAAAGUGUGAUGUCAACAUCUUCCACGGAAAAAAAGAUGAGGUUAUCCCAGUUGAAUGUAGCUACAAUGUUCAACAUAAAGUCCCUCGUGCUCGAGUUAAGGUCAUUGAUGAUGAAGAUCAUAUUACGAUUGUUGUUAAUAGACAAAAGGCGUUUGCUAGGGAACUUGAAGAGAUUUGGAAGAGAUCAAGUGGUUAAUUAAGACCCUCUUCUUGCUCAAGCUCAAUCAAAGUCGGUUGCCGCAUGCAUAAAUAUUUCCUGUCAAAAUUGGGUAUAAUUGAGUAACCUAAGAUUGGCGUUUUUUCUUUCUUUCUUUACUGCUACUUCAAGUUUGAAGUCUCAACCAGGCCAUGUGAAAUGCUUAAUCACUAUAUAGGCCUGUGGAUUUGAUAAGAUAAGCAAAAUGCUCUAAAUUAAAUAUCUAUCUGCAACAUUUUUUUUAA